AUGAGCCGCCAAUUCACCUGCAAGCCAGGAGCUCUCUCCAAGGGAGGCUUCAGUGGCUGUUCUGCGGUGCUCUCCGGGGGCAGCUCAUCCUCCUACCGGGCAGGGGGCAAAGGGUUGAGUGGGAGCUUUGGCAGCCGGAGCCUCUACAACCUGGGGGGUGCCCGGAGCAUCUCCCUCAACACGGCCAGUGGCAGCGGGAAGACUGGAGGUUUUGGAUUUGGCCGCAGCCGGCCCAGUGGCUUUGCUGGCAGCAUCUUCGGCAGUGUGGCUCUGGGGCCUGUGUGCUCGACCGUGUGCCCACCUGGAGGCAUCCACCAGGUCACUGUCAAUGAGAGCCUCCUGGCUCCCCUCAAUGUGGAGCUGGACCCCGAGAUCCAGAAAGUACGUGCCCAGGAGCGGGAGCAGAUUAAGGCACUGAACAACAAGUUUGCCUCCUUCAUCGAUAAGGUGCGGUUCCUGGAGCAGCAGAACCAGGUGCUGGAGACCAAGUGGGAGCUGCUGCAGCAGCUGGACCUGAACAACUGCAAGAACAACCUGGAGCCCAUUCUUGAGGGCUACAUCAGCAAUAUGAGGAAGCAGCUGGAGACACUGUCUGGGGACAGAAUGAGGCUGGACUCAGAGCUGAGGAAUGUGCGUGAUGUGGUGGAGGACUACAAGAAGAGAUAUGAAGAGGAGAUCAACAGGCGGACAGCUGCAGAAAACGAGUUUGUGCUGCUCAAGAAGGAUGUGGAUGCUGCUUAUGCGAAUAAAGUGGAGCUGCAGGCCAAGGUGGACUCCAUGGACCAGGACAUCAAGUUCUACAAGUGUCUCUUUGAAGCUGAGAUGGCUCAGAUCCAAUCCCACAUCAGUGACAUGUCUGUCAUCCUGUCCAUGGACAACAACCGGAACCUGGACCUGGACAGCAUCAUCGAUGAAGUCCGCAUUCAGUAUGAGGAGAUUGCCCUGAGGAGUAAGGCUGAAGCUGAGGCUCUGUACCAGACCAAGUUCCAGGAGCUGCAGCUGGCAGCUGGUCGGCAUGGAGAUGAUCUCAAAAACACCAAGAAUGAGAUCACAGAGCUCAACCGGCUCAUCCAGAGGCUCCGCUCAGAGAUUGAAAAUGCCAAGAAGCAGGCUUCUAGCCUGGAAACAGCCAUUGCUGAUGCUGAGCAGAGAGGCGACAAUGCUCUCAAGGAUGCCCGGGCCAAACUGGACGAGCUGGAGAGUGCUCUGCACCAGGCCAAGGAUGAACUGGCCCGGAUGAUGCGUGAGUACCAGGAGCUCAUGAGCCUGAAGCUGGCGCUGGACAUGGAGAUCGCCACCUACCGCAAGCUGCUGGAGGGCGAGGAGUGCAGGAUGUCAGGAGAAUAUCCUUCCCCUGUCAGCAUCUCCAUUAUCAGCAGCACCAGUGGCAGCAGUGGCUAUGGUUUACGUCCCAGCACGGUCAGUGGUGGUUACGUAGCUAAUAGCACCAGCUGCAUCUCUGGAGUGUGCAGCGUCCGAGGUGGAGAGAGCAGAAACUGGGUCAGUGCCAGUGAUUACAAGGAUACCCUGGGGAAAGGCUCUAGCCUGAGCACCUCCUCCAAGAAAGGAAGUCGAUAGAGAGGGCAGUCCAUGCCCUCCCUUACCUCAGGACCCCAGUUCUGCACCCCACCCCCACUGUCAGCCCCACUUCCACCCUGCUGGUCCUACCCCUGGGCCCCUGGCUUUGGCUGUCAACUCAGUUCUCCCAUCUGUCUUCUGAGCCUCGGCAGGUCUGGACCACCACGCCUGAUGCAAGUCCUCCCAGCACAGCCCUUGGCUGCGGUCCCCCAGCCACACAGGCAGCCCAGCCCCAGCCCCAGCCCCAGCUCCAUCCAGCUUGUGCUCCUCUGCCGUCCUCCACCUCAGGGUUCAUUAUGCUGCUGGGCUCCCAGGGCCUCAGACUGAGGCCACUCACAUGCUGGGCCUUCACCUCAGCUCCUGCUUCUGCUGGGGGCUGGCUCUAUGUUCAGGAGGAGAACUAAAGGAUGGCCAGGCAAGAGUGACCCAAGCUCACCCCAUCCUGGCACAGCCUCAUGGCUCAUUCUGAGUGGGACCAA